AUGCUAGUCUUAACUUGGAAUAGAUGCUGUGCUGUGGUGUUUCUCGUCGCCACACUGAAGACGGGGACAACCCAGGUAUCAGAGGCGCACCCAAAGGCGAAUUUAAUCAAGCCAGCUCUGUUGGGAGAGACACCUACACCCCCCACAAACCGCUCCGACACUGUCCACCUCGGGAUCACCAAGAAAUAUAACAUCCUUGCGCAGCAGGUGUAUCCAUGCAGCAAUGAUAAGGAGUGCAGCGUGGAAAGCUACUGCCACAGCCCUCAGCAGGCUCCCUCUCGCUGCCUCAACUGCCGCAGGAGAAAGAAGCGCUGCCAUCGAGAUGCCAUGUGCUGUCCUGGGAACCGCUGCAGUAACUAUAUUUGUGUCCCUAUCUCCGAGAGUGUGCUCUCACCUCACAUCUCGGCUUUAGACGAACAUAACAAACUCUCCACCAAAGACCCCAACUGGAGGAAGAGUGGGAAGGCACAUGCUAAGCAUUCUCUUAAAGGGCAUGAGGGCGACCCUUGCCUGCGGUCAUCCGAUUGCUCAGAGGGCUACUGCUGCGCCCGCCAUUUCUGGACCAAAAUCUGCAAGCCGGUGCUGAGGCAGGGAGAGGUGUGCACCAAGCAGAGGAAGAAAGGCUCUCACGGCCUGGAAAUCUUCCAGCGCUGUGACUGUGCCAAGGGCCUUUCCUGCAAGGUGUGGAAAGACGCCACCUCCUCGUCCAAGUCCCGGCUCCACAUGUGCCAGAAGAUCUGA